AUGGCAGGUUCAUCUUUACCUCCUUCCGGAUCCUCUUCUUUGGUAAAUACUUCAGUCUCGCAAGAGGAAUUCAACGUGUUCCACGCCAUCGACCGCAAACUCUUUAGCCGCUUGGUCUUUAACCUAGGCCGUGACCCCGCGGAGGCCACCCAAAUCAUGGCGCUCUGGCUCUGGCUCGAUAUGGUCGGCAAGGAAAUCGACAUGGUGUAUUCCAAACUGUUGUCCUUGCCCAACACUUUACUCAACGAACUUGUCGAAGAGUCGGUCGUGGCCUUAGCUUGCAUAGAGAGCAACACAUUCCCUUUCGCUUCCGAGAGUGUUGAUAGUAUCCCUCUGAUAAAGAACUUAACAAAAACAGGGGUCUCUCUCCGCUUCUUCCAUGACAAUCGCAUUGGAAUUAUUCAAGAAGUCACCAAGAUUACCAACGAAGUCUGCCUGAGAGCGUUCGAGGACAUAGUCAAACUCGCACAGGGAAUAAGUGAAAACAAUACCUGGAUUGGAGGCGAGUUGGGUCAUUUUGGAAAGGGAGCACAGAACUUUAAGCCCUUUAACUUUUACGGUUCAACCAUGUACCCUUUUUUGCCUGUUUCGAAUUACAAUUCUAGUUCUGGGAUUCGUCCUCCUCACAUGGGGGCUCUGCCAUACUUGCCUCUUCAUGUCAGUGGAGGAGUACCUUCGGAGACUUCACAGAACUAUGAUCCUUAUGAUCUUUCGGUGCAGAGGAAGUUUUUAAAUAGCGAGAUGAUCAGUGAAGUUUUGAGCCAAAUAAAGUUGAGCACUGAUGAAGAAGAGAAAGAGAAAGAAGUCCCACCAGAUGAUAGGACUAUUUUCUUGACAUUCUCCAAAGGUUACCCCAUUUCAGAAAACGAAAUCAGAGAGUUCUUCACCAGGAAAUUUGGAGAUUUUAUUGAAGCAAUCCAUAUGCAAGAAGUCCUUCUUCCAGUGAAGCAACCGCUCUAUGCCCGCCUUGUAGUUCGUUUAGCUUCCUCCAUUGCAGAGGUCCUUGACGGCAAGAACAAAGCCAAUUUCUCCAUCAACGGAAAGCAUGUGCGUGCACGUAAGUAUUUGCGUAAAAACCCCAGGUCGACACAAAAAUCAUCUCCACCGUCGACGUCUCGACCUACUUCACCAGAAAACAAAGCUUAG